AUGGCUAGACCUUUAAGUUUGAUUUACAGUCUGCUUCUGGUCGUCACAUUCAUCACACUGACACGUUCAGAUAUGGUUGAUCCAAACCAUCUGGGCGUCGUCUGUGACUACUGUGUACCAGAGAAGACAUAUUUGGAUUUUAGUAGCAUUCAGCCAACCGGUUUUGAUAAUGUUAAUAGCGCAAUUUUGGACUGGGGCGCCAAGUUCCCAAAUGUCCGUGUUUCGGUCGAAGGUGAGAGCAAUCCUUUGAUCAUGGGUCAGACUCAUCAGUACUCUGAGCUCCUAUCGAAUCCAAAGUUUUUCAAUAUCACUGGAAAACAAAACAUCAAGUCGUUGAUGCACUAUGGAUGCGGUACUUCGCCAUCAAAGAUUACUUUUGAGUUCCUCGAGAAAUCUUCCAUGGAUUUCCUCUUCAUCCUCUACGGUAUCACCUCCGACUCGUCGGUUGUCAUCGAUGCCUACGAUGCCUAUGGAUAUCCAAUCAACAUGUUGAACUGGAAGACAUUGGACCAUGGUCUCCUCUCAUCCAGCGACGCCAUGCAUCCACCAACCAUCAAGAUGACUCAGGCUCAGACCACAUUGAAUCUUACAUGGUCCAAUGCCGGUGCCAACAGCUACGUCGUCAUGCAACCAAAUCAAUUGGUAUCAAAGAUUGUCGUUACCGUCAAGGGUAUCUACUGUGAUGUACCAUGCAAAGGUUUGUUGCUCUACUACUCAUUGGUUGGUAUUGGAAACUGUUCCACUCCAGAGACAUACGCCAUUGGUUCAAUGGCAUUCUUGGACACCAACGGAGAUGGUAUUCGUCAACCAAACGAGCCAUUCUUCCCAGGAAUCCAAGUCGACUUGAUCAAGGACGGUAAGGUUGUCGGUACUACUACUACCAACGCCAAUGGUAACUACGUCUUUGACAACCUCCCACCAGGAACAUACAACGUCAAAUUCCACAUUCCACCAGGAAACUCUGUCUCACCACCAGGUAAAGAUUCAGUUACAGAUGUAACCGGUUUAUCACCACCCAUCGUCCUCUCUCCAGAAACCACCACUCCAGCCCCAUCCAAUGUUAAUGCCACUCUUUGGAAUCCAGACGUCAACGUCGGUAUCAUUCCAGACACCUACUCUGUCGCCGGUAGAGUUUGUAACGAUCCAAACGGUAACGGUAAUGCCGACCAAGGUGAAGGUUACCUCCAAGGUAUCAAGGUUAAUCUCCUCGACGCCAGCGGUCAAGUCAUCGACACCACCACCACCGAUAACACCGGUUCCUACAAAUUCAACCACGUCAAGGCAGGUACUUACGGAGUUCAAUUCGUUCUUCCAUCAGGUUAUCAAUUCACUCAAGGUGCAUCCUCACAAGUCGGUGCCAACGGUGUUGCAGUCAUCACUGUCAACAGCGCUAAUGCCGGUGCCACCAAGACCAUCUCCGCCAAUGCCUGUAUGAAGAAGAUUACCUUUGCUCUUGGUGACUUUGUCUUUGCCGAUGCAAACAACGAUGGUCUUUACACACCAGGAACUGACCGUCCAUUCGCUGGAAUCGUCGUCAACCUCUACGACUCCAACCGUCAACUCAAGGCAACCACCACCACCGACAGCAACGGUCGUUACGUUUUCGAUAAUCUCGAUGCCGGUACCUACAACGUUCAAUUCGUCGUUCCAGACGGAUGGGCACCAUCUCCAACUACCACUCAAUCGCUUCCAGGUGCUGAUGGUUGGGUCUACAACGUCCAACUAACUCAAUCCUCAACUUUACCAAACACCGAUCCAAGCCUCAAGGCUUCAUUCUUGAGAUUCGACAUUGAUGCCGGUCUCGUUCAAAAGUUAUUCGCCAUCGGUAAUGUUGUCUGGAUCGAUUCCAACAAGAACUCAAUCAUGGAUGCCAACGAAGUCGGUAAGCCAAACGUCACUGUUAUCCUCCUCAACGCUGCCGGUCAAGAAAUUGCCAAGACUGUCACCGACUCACAAGGUCGUUACUAUAUCGACAAGAUUCCAGCCGGAACCAACUACCAAGUCAGAUUCGUCUUACCAGACAACAGCCAAUUCUCACCACAAGCUGGUCAAUCACGUCCAAACCAAAAUGGUUUGGUCACUGGUAUCAACUUGACUCCAUCGACUCCGGGACUUAUAACUCCAGUUCCACCAGCACUCGGUCUUACUGCUUCAUACCUCGACGGUAGAAUCAACGCUGGUGUUAUUCCAACCACCUACGCCGUUGGUGAUUUAGUCUGGGUUGACACCAAUGCCAAUGGUCUUCGUGAAGCCAACGAGCCAGUCUUCUCCAACAUCCACGUCACUCUCCGUGACGACAAAGGAGUCGUCGUUGGUAUGGUAAGUACUGACAACAAUGGUAACUACCACUUUGACAACUUGCCAGCCGGUAACUACUGUAUCACCUUCCGUAACCCAACUGGAUACGACUUCUCACCAAAGACUCUCCAAUCAGUUGCUGACAAGAACGGUAAAUACUGUUUCGAUAUCACCAAGGGUGCUGCACUCACUAAGCCAAGUGACGGUGUUGAAGCUACCUACAUCCUCAAUAGCGUUGACCAAGGUAUGACACCACCAUUGUUUGCCGUCGGUGACUUUGUCUUCUACGACAACAACCGUGACGGUCUCUACAACGGUAACGAUCAACCAGCUUCAGGUAUUACUGUUACCCUCUUCAACCAAGCCGGUCUCCAACUCAAGAGCACCACCACCGACGGAACUGGAAAGUACUUCUUCGACGGUCUCCAAGCUGGAACCUACCAAAUUGUCUUCAGUCAACCAAAUGGUUACACCUUCUCACCAAUUACCAGUCAAUCGAAACCAGGAUCAGAUGGUAAGGUCGUCUUCAGUCUCCAACCAAACUCACCAACCCUCGAACGUGUUGAGGCAGGUUCAAGUAUCAAAGCCUUCUACAUGGACAAGACCAUCGAUGCUGGUUUAAUGCCACCACAAUUCGCCGUCGGUGACUUUGUCUUCUUGGAUACCAACGGAGACGGUACCCGUCAACCAGGUGAAAGUGGAUUACAAGGUGUCAACGUUACUCUCCUCGAUGAGAAUAACAAUGUUGUAAGCACCAACGUAACCGAUAACAAUGGUAAAUACAACUUUGACAACCUCAAGCCAGGUAAAUACUGUGUCAAAUUCACUGUUCCAUCUGGAUACGGUGUCUCACCAAAGGGAGAAGACUCAACCGUUGACGCCAACGGUCAAACCUGCUUCACCCUCGACAAUACCACUGCCAUCCUCUCUAAACCAUCCGACAAUGUUGAAGCUUACUACAUGAAUCACAACGCCAAUGCUGGUUUGACUCCACCAACCUACGCUAUUGGUGACCAAGUCUGGCAAGACAACAACCGUGACGGUGUCAAAGAUGCCAACGAGCCAGGUCUUCCAAACGUCCAAGUCUCUCUCUACAAUUCAAACGGUCAGAUGAUGAUUCAAACCAACACCGACUCCAACGGUAUUUACCACUUUGAUAAUUUGCAACCAGGAACCUACAAGGUUGUCUUUGGAACUCCAGGUGCCAACUGGACAUUCUCACCACAAGGUAAAGACUCACAACCAGACCCUGCUGGUAGCGUCACCGUCGUCAUUGGUCCAUCCAACCCAAGAAUCCGUAACGUAACCAACUCUGAUGGUACUUUGAAGGCUGUCUACAUCGAUCCAACCGUCGAUGCCGGUAUUAUGCCACCAUUAUUCAAUAUUGGUAAUAUUAUAUUCGAGAACCCCCCAGGUGAUGGUAUCCACCGUGAUACUGACAAGGGUGUUCCAGACACAACCAUCGUCCUCACCACUCCGAACGGUACUGUUGUUACCACCGUCACAUCCAACACAACUGGUGGUUGGAACAUUCCAAAUGUCCCAGCCGGUGACUACUGUCUCCAAGUCUCCAAACCAGACGGAUAUACCUUCGCACCAAAGACCUCUGACUCUGUUGUCGACCCAGCCACAGGUAAGGUCUGCUUCACUUUGGAUAACAAAGAUCCAGAAAAGAAUAAGACAAUGAACACCGGUCUCGUACCAUCAACCUACGUUGUCACAGGUAAUCUCUUCACCGAUGAGGACCGUUCCAACACCAAGACCCCAACCGACAAGCCACUAGGUGGAAUCACAGUUGAACUCCGUGAUCCAACUGGAAAGGUCGUUGCAACUACAACCACAACACCAGAGGGUAACUACUUCUUUGACAAUGUCAAGCCAGGAACCUACACCGUCAACGUACCAAAUACCCCAGAAUACUACAACUGGAUGACCAACUCACCGGACAAUAAAUUCAACAACGGUGUCGUCACUAUAGAUUUGACUCCAGGCAACCCAGAUCUCGUCAAGAACCCCACCCCAGGUAACCCAUACCAAGGUCUCAACAUUCUUCCAAAUAUCAAUGGUGGUCUCACUCCACCAUUGUUCUCGUUCGGUACCAACGUUUUUGUUGAUCCCAACAAGAAUGGAGAGAAAGAUCCAAAUGAGCCAGGUGUUCCAAAUGUCACAAUUGUUAUCACCACUGAGAAUGGAACCCGUGUUACCACCACCACUACCAACAGCACUGGUGAAUACAACGUUCCAAACUUGGAGCCAGGUAAAUAUUGCGCUGAAAUUCAAAUGCCAGCCGGUACUACCUACACCACUCCAGGUGGAAACAAACAAUGCUUCGACCUCUCUCUCAACAACACUCAAAUUGUUACCGAUCCAAUUACUGGUACUCCAAAUCUCCCAAUCAUUGACUUUGGUACCAACCCACCAUUGUUCUCGUUCGGUACCAACGUCUUUGUUGAUACUAACAAGGAUGGAAAGAAAGAUCCAAAUGAGCCAGGCGUUCCAAAUGUCACAAUUGUUAUCACCACUGAGAAUGGAACCCGUGUUACCACCACCACUACCAACAGCACUGGUGAAUACAACGUUCCAAACUUGGUGCCAGGUAAAUAUUGCGCUGAAAUUCAAAUGCCAGCUGGUACUACCUACACCACUCCAGGUGGAAACAAACAAUGCUUCGACCUCUCUCUCAACAACACUCAAAUUGUUACCCAUCAAAUUACUGGUACUCCACAUCUCCCAAUCAUUGACUUUGGUACCAACCCACCAUUGUUCGCAAUUGGUGACUUGGUCUGGAAGGAUACCAAUGGUGACAACCAACCAAAUGGUCCAUUCCCAUCCGUGACUGUCACUUUGACCGACUCCACUGGUGCCACCAAGACAACUACCUCUGAUGCCAACGGUCGUUACAUUUUCGAUAACCUCCCAGCUGGUACCUACACAAUCCAAUUCCAAGCUCCAGCCGGAUGGGUAUUCGUCAACAAUCCAGCUUUGUCCAAACCAACCGCUGGUGGAGAUGGUAAGAUCACUGUCAUCCUCCCCAACGAUGCAACUCGUCCAUCAGUCGCCGCUGACAAUGUUCAAGCCUUCAGAAUCGAUCCAACUGAGGAUGCUGGUCUCCAACAAAUCAUGUUCACCGUCGGUACCAGCAUCUUUGUCGAUCCAUUCAACAACGGAACUAAGGUACCAGAUCUCUUCCCACCAGCUACCAACUUAACUCUCACCUAUCCAAAUGGAACUGUCAUCAACACCACUACCACCACUACUACUGGUAACUACUCCUUUACCAACGUACCACCAGGUGAUUACUGUAUCCAAAUUCAACUUCCAGAAACUUACACUCCAUCAACCGCCUGGUCACCAAACGCCUUUGAUAAGGAUGGUAAAGCUUGCUUCACCCUCGAUCCAAAGGAUCCAAAUAUUACUUGCUCUCAACCAAAUCAAUGUAACAAACCAGAUGUUGAUGGUGCCAUCGUACCAAGCUACUCAGUCACUGGUAACGGUUGGAAGGAUGUCAAUGAAAACAAUAUCCGUGAUAAUACCGAUCCACCAUUCCCAUCUGUAACUGUCACUCUUACCCCAGAGAACGGACAACCACCAAUGACCACCACCACCGACUCCAACGGUAACUACAACUUCACCAACGUACCACCAGGAGGUUACACCAUCACCGUUACACCACCAGCUGGAAAUGAACUUGUCCCACCAUCAAAGGACAGUGUUAUCCCACCAACUGGACUCCACAUUGAUGUCACUCCAGGUAACUCUCAACCAGGUACCUCAACCAACACUACCUACAACAUUCCAGAUCAAGACUUUGGUUUGAAAUCACCAACCUUUGGUGUUGGUGACACUGUAUACAUCGAUGACAACAAGAACGGUAAACAAGACGGUAGCGAGACUGGUCUUGCUGGUGUCACUGUUACCCUCACUUCCCCAACUGGUGAGGUCAUCAAGACUACCGUUACCAACGACAGUGGUAAAUACGCCUUCGACCAACUCCCAGCCGGUAAUUACUGUGUCAAAUUCGAUCUUGCCAACGAUGUUACUCCAAUCAACCCAACCAGCAAACAAGUCUGUAUGGAACUCUCCAACAAACACACCGGAAUGGUACCAAACGAUAACAGCAACCCAGAUUUGAAAUCACCAUGGCUCUAUUUAGACGCCGAUCAAGGUGUUGCCACCAAGACCUACUGUAUCGACUCUCAAGUCUGGAAUGACAACGGUAACGGUUACCGUGACUCGAACGAAGAUCCAUUGGCAGGUGUCACAGUCAAGAUCUACAAGAACGACAUAUUGAUCGACACCCAAACCACUGGUGCAGAUGGAAGAUUCAAAUUCAGCAGAUUGCCAGCUGGUAAUUACUCCAUUCUCUACGUACUCCCAGGUGGAUACCUCUACUCACCAGAGACCACCGACUCACACGCCGAUAUCAACGGUUGGUUCAACUUCACUUUGGAUCAAAACAAUCAAGAUGCCAUGGAAAACAAGGAUCCAGCCUAUGACUGUGACUAUAUUAUUCCAACCUACGAUACUGGUAUGACCGAGGCAACCUACGCCAUUGGUAACUUUGCCUUCAUUGACUCGAAUGGUGAUGGUAUCCGUCAACCAGAUGAGAAACCAUUAGCAGGUGUUGUAGUUACUCUCAUCGACCAAAACGGUGACAAAUAUAACACUACCACCGACAGUAACGGAAAAUACCACUUCGACCAACUCCCACCAAGAAAUUACUGUAUCUCCUUUGUUCCACCCAAUCCAUCCUACCAUGUCACCACACCAGGUAAAGACUCUAUUGCCAACGACCAAGGAAUUCAUUGUUUCAACCUCAACUACACCUCACCAAAUAUCCGUGAAACUACUGCCACCGAUGGAGUAGCUGCCAAGUAUAUCGAUCCAAAUGUCAACGUUGGUUACGUCCCAAUGACUGCCAACAUCGGUAGCUACGUAUGGUACGACGACAACAAGGACGGUAAGCGUGAUGCUACCGAGAAGCCAGCUCCAGGUGUCACUGUUCGUCUCUUGAAUAUUGAUGGUUCAAUCCCAAGAGAUCUCAACGGUAAUCCAAUCCAACCAGUUGUAACCGACGCCAGUGGUAACUACAUGUUCAACAAUGUUCCAGGUGGAGUCAACUACCAAGUCCAAUUCGUUCAACCAUCCAAUGAGAUUCCAGGUACCGUCUGGACUGUCAUCGCCAACGACAACAAGGCCGAUCCAAAUGGAAAGAUUGUCAUCCCACAAUCCUCAUACACCAAGAUUCCAGGUACUGUCAACUCAUGGCAAUCACUCAACAACAAUGGUGGUUUAGUACACCCAUGCUACAUCAUCGGUAACAAGGCAUUCUCUGAUGGAAACAGAAACGGUCUUUUGGAUACCAACGAAAUGGGAUUCCCCAACAUCAAGAUGUCAUUGUUCUAUGAGAACGGUUCAACUGUCAAGGACAUUAAUGGAAACACCAUUCAACCAGUUACCACUGACCAAAACGGAAACUAUCAAUUCACCAACGUUGCCCCAGGUCGUUACUACAUUGAAGCUGCUAUCCCUGAUCGUUACGUCAUAUCACCAUUGCAAACCUCAAUGAAUGGCGGUAACCAAUUCCAACUUGUCCAAGGAAAAGUCAGAACUGCCACCUUCUCACUAACUCCAAACUCACCGGGUAUGACUACCACACCAGGAAACAACCCACGUUGUGCCUACACCAACAGUAACUACAAUCUUGGUCUCAUCUCACCAUACAUCGCUAUUGGUGACACUGCCUUCAUCGACGACAACAAGAAUGGUAUUAUGGAUACCAACGAAAAACCAUUGGCCGGUGUUAAAGUUGAACUCCUCAACAGCAACGGUCAACCAGUUAAUGACGCCUCUGGUAGACCAAUCACAACCACAACCGAUGCCAAUGGUAAAUACUACUUGGACAACCUCCCAGUCAACCAAUACACCGUCCGUUUCACUCCACCAGCUGGAUACACUGUAUCCCCAGUCAAGGGAGACAACAAGGCCAACACCAAUGGUGUUACCGAUCCAAUCAACUUGGUAUUGACCGAUCCAAACGUUGUUCCAAAGACCAACGAACCAAUCCAAGCUCCAUACAUCAACAAGAAGAUUGAUGCCGGUUUCGUCGUCUCUGUCCUUGGUGUCGAUGGUUACGUCUGGAAGGAUAUCGGAGGUGAUGGUCUCUUCGAUCCAAGCUCAGUCCCAAGCGGUGCCAUCACCGUAAACUUGGUCGAUCAAACCGGAGCAACUGUUGCCACAGUCAAACCAGAUGCCACCGGUUACUACUCAUUCCCCAACGUCGCUCCAGGAAACUACAAAUUGACCUUCAACUUUGAUAAAGAUUGGUUAGCCACCAAGCCCAACGCUGGUGCCAGAAACGUCUCAUCUCAAAUCGAUACAAACUUCUCCACUCCAAACUUCAACCUCGAUACUUCCAACACUAAUCUCCACCAAUGUCCAUUCGCUUCAUACAUGUGUCUCCAAAUGAACGCUGGUGUCAAACGUCCAGAUAACACCUCAAUCAACGGUAAGGUCUUCAAGGAUUACAAUUGUAACAGCAAGAUGGAUCAAGGUACCAAGGCAUCAGCCACUGACGUUCCAUUGGCUGGUGUUCCAGUAUACUUGUUCGCUGCCGGUUCCUCAACUCCAGUCAAACAAACUACAACUGCAGCCGAUGGUACUUACAGUUUCACCGGACUUACCUUCCAAGAACAAUACAUUGUUAGCGUCGGUACUCCAGCUCUCCCAACCUCAAGCAACCGUCCAAUUCAGAGCUGUAGCUCAACCGAUCGUAUUGUCCCACCUGACGGAUCAGUUCCACCAGAAGGACUCUAUGACUUCUCCUUCAUCACCGACGAAGACUACUGUACCGAUGACCCCAAGAUUGCCACCACAUGUUUCGUCCGUGGUCUCAAUGACGGACAAUACGCCAAUGAUCACGUCGUUAUUACCUUCCCAUACAGUGCUGAGACCAAGAAUCUCACUACUCCAAUUGCUAACUACGUCGAUGUCGGUGCAGUCAGUGGUUUAGGUUACGAUCGUUCCAAGGAUACUCUUUACAUGGGUGCCUUCAUGAAGUUGUCCACUACCUAUGGUUCACUUGGUAGUGGUGGUAUCUACAAGAGCACCAACGGAACCACCCCAGUUCCAUGGGUUUCUAUCAACGACAUCUACGGUGACCCCAAUUAUUGUGGUGAACCAUACCUUGAUGGUGGAGAUGUUGCAACUGAAGAUUUCCGUUCUAAUCAAGUUUUCACAACUGGUCUAGGUGACAUCGAUAUCGACCACGAUCGUCGUAACCUCGCCACAAUUUGUUUGAAGACUAACGAGCUACACAUCCUUCCACUCGACACCCCCCCAACCAGAGCCAACUCCAAGAAGUUUGCCAUUCCAAAUCUCUGUGGAUCAACCGGUUCCUCACAAGGUUACGCAGUCACCUACCAUCUCGGUAAAUACUACAUUGGUGUCACUUGUACUGCAACUAUCAGUGAGAAUGUUGCCGAUCUUAAGGGUGUAGUAGUUACUUUCGACCCAGCCACCAACGCCUUCUCCGCUCCAAUCUUGACCAUUCCAUACACCUACGACCGUGGUUGCAAGAACACUGACAACAACACUGGUUCCAUGAAGUGCUACGCAGCCAAAUGGGACAGAUGGAUCGACGAUUUCCGUACUCAACCAUUGUUGGCAUCUAUUACAUUCGAUGGUAACAACAUGAUCACUGCCACUCGUGAUCGUGGUGGAGAUAUGAACAACAUUGCCGCCGGUGACAUCUUGAUCGCCUGUAUGGACAGCACUGGUAAAUACGUCCUCGAAGCCAACGGUAACUGUGGUAGUCUCGUAGGAGCUCACCACGGACCAACUGGUACCAACGGUAACACCGAAGGUCCAAGUGGAGGUGAAUUCUUUAACGACAACUUCGCUCUCGAGACGUUCCACCACGAUGAAACCGCUGGUGACUCUGCCUACAUGAUUCCAGGUUACCCAACAGUCGCCUCCAACGGUUACGAUUUGACCCGUCUCUUUGAGGGUGCCGUCAAGUAUUUCUCAACCAAGAACGGUACCAUGAUGAGAGGUAACGCCCUAUAUAUCACCCCACAAACCUCAGGUCAGACCUUUGCCACCUUUGGUAAGAACAACGGUCUCGGUGAUAUCGUAGCCUUCUGUCCAGCCAAGCCAAUCACUAUUGGUGACCGUGUCUGGACUGAUACCAACGGUAACGGUCUUCAAGACGCUUCUGAACCAGGUAUUGCUGGUGUCACUGUCACCCUCACAGGUGCCAAGGGUACUACCAUGACCACCACCACCGAUAAGAACGGUAACUACAAAUUCACCAAGGUUCCACCAUAUGAUUCAUACACCCUCACCGCCGCUGGAAUUAAAUCAACCAUUAUCCCAUCUCAGACCGUCCUCUCCAACAAGGCCUCUGACGUCAAUGGUGUAUCCACAAUUAAAUUCACUCUAGGUGACCCAAUGCAAACAAAUAAUAACUUCGACUAUGACUUUGGUGCCAAACCAUAA